AUGCUUAUCAAGGUACGCACACUCUCCGGCAAGGAGAUUGAUCUCGACAUCGAGCCCACCGACCCGGUCUCCAGAAUCAAGGAGAUCGUCGAGGAGAAGGAGGGUAUACCUCCUGCCCAACAGCGUCUGAUCUUUGAAGGCAAGCAAAUGGUCGAUGACAAGACGGCAGCCGACUACAAACUCAAGGGCGGUGUCACCCUUCACCUUGUCUUGGCCCUCAGGGGUGGCUUCUAA